CGUAUCUGUAGAUAUAUUGAUUUUUCAAUUAGCAUAUAGAUAGAAUAAUGACGCCAAACAAUGAAGAAACCAAAAAGAAAAUAGUGGAUACGUCACAAAAAAUACAGGAAGUUCUUCUUCUGCUACUUGCUGACAACGAUGAUCUCCGAGAUCGAUUAGAAAAGGAGGCAGCAGAAAGAGCACGGGAAACUGCUGAGCUGAGAGACAGAUUAGACAAAGAAACAAGGGAUCUACGUAAUCAGCUUGAGAAAGAGAUGGAUGAGAGAAUACAAGAAGGAAGGAGUUUAAGCCUAAAAAUAGAUCAGAAUGCAGAGAGCGGAAAUGGAGAAAUGAAGGAUCUACGUGAAAUGUUGUUGCAAGAGCGAGAUGAACGAAUAGACGGAGACACCAAUAUUGACAACUUUUUCAGAAAAGAAAACGAUGAUAGGAAGAAGAACCUGGAAGAUGUGAAUGAAUGGAUAAGAGUGGAAAAUGAGAAAAGGCAAAAAGAAGCAGAGGAAUUACGGGAAAGGAUGGAGCGGGAGAAAAGAGAACUUCAAGAGUUCAUUGACAAAGACAAUAAAGCCAUGGCUGAAAGAAUUGCUAGAGAGAAUGAGGAGAGACAAAAGAGCGAGGAGGAGAUGGCAAAACGUCUCAAAGCCUCUCAAGAGGCAAGUGAAAACGGCACAAUCCAACUGUACAAGAAGAUGCAAGCAGAAAACCUGGCUAGAGAAGCAGAAAUAGCUGACCUAAGGGAACAAUUAAAUAGGGAGAAGGCUGAGUAUGCUGCUAAACUAGAGAAGGAGAAGAAGGAGCUGCAGGAUAGAUUGGAAAAGGAGAAUGCGGAGCUUCAAGACCGAUUAGUUGGACAAAAACAGCUUCUUCAGGGAAAUAUUGAUGGAAAUCAGAAUACAACUGGAUUAUCUAUUUAUUGUAUUUUCCAUGAGGUUAAUUUUUGA